AAUGUAAACCAUUUUCUUGUCUGUCCACUGUGAAAACAUGUAUUGUAGAAAUAACAAAUGCCCUUGAUUUCCUAAUAGAAAUGGGAGCUGUCAAGAGGAUGAAUUUUUCUAUCUGAGAGGUCACACCAUCCAGGGAAGGUCAAGCGAUAGUGGGUGAGGAAAUAAUCUAUUGGGUUGAAAUAAUCUAAUGGGAAGAAAUAAUCGAUUGGGAAGAAAUAAGCAAUUAGGAAAAAUAAUCCCUCUUUUCCAGAGAAAUCUUUUGGGUUUUGCAGCCAUGGUCACAACAAAAUAGCGUCGCUGAGUUUCCACCGGUAGGCAAUGUUUUGAAAGGUCUCUCUCUCCUUCUUCUUCGUAUUUGACAGCUAUCAAAAUACUGAACGCAUUUCAUAAGAAAUAUCGACUUUUACUUGCUAUUUUGUUGUUGUUGUUGUUGUUGUGGUACCUGUUGGUUUGCCUGUCUGCGAUGCGAUGGUGUCCAGAGUAAAGGCUAAUGCUAGGUAGCUAGUUAAGUAGCUAUAAGCACGCUAGCUAGAUAGCUAGUUACGUACCUAUAAGCACCCCAGCUAGCUAGUUAAGUAGCUAUAAGCACUCUAGCUAGCUAGUUAAGUAGCUAUAAGCACUCUAGUUAGCUACUUAGUUAAGUACCUAUAAGCACGCUAGCUAGCUAGUUAAGUAGCUAUAAGCACUCUAGCUAGCUAGUUAAGUAGCUAUAAGCACUCUAGCUAGCUAGUUAAGUAGCUAUAAGCACUCUAGCUAGCUAGCUAGUUAAGUAGCUAUAAGCACGCUAGCUAGCUAGUUAAGUAGCUAUAAGCACGCUAGCUAGCUAGUUAAGUAGCUAUAAGCACUCUAGCUAGCUAGUUAAGUAGCUAUAAGAACUCUAGCUAGCUAGUUAAGUAGCUAUAAGCACUCUAGCUAGCUAGUUAAGUAGCUAUAAGCACUCUAGCUAGCUAGCUAGUUAAGUAGCUAUAAGCACGCUAGCUAGCUAGCUAGUUAAGUAGCUAUAAGCACGCUAGCUAGCUAGUUAAGUAGCUAUAAGCACUCUAGCUAGCUAGUUAAGUAGCUAUAAGCACUCUAGCUAGCUAGUUAAGUAGCUAUAAGCACUCUAGCUAGCUAGUUAAGUAGCUAUAAGCACUUUAGCUAGCUAGUUAGUUAGCUAGUUAAGUAGAAAUAAGCACUCUAGCUAGGUAGCUAGUUAAGUAGCUAUAAGCACUCUAAUUAGCUACUUAGUUAAGUACCUAUAAGCACUCUAGCUAGCUAGUUAGUUAAGUAGCUAUAAGCACUCUAGCUAGCUAGCUAGUUAAGUAGCUAUAAGCACUCUAGCUAGCUAGUUAGUUAGCUAGUUAAGUAGCUAUAAGCACUCUAGCUUUCUAGAUAGUUAAGUAGCUAUAAGCACUCUAGCUAGCUAGCUAGUUAGUUAAGUAGCUAUAAGCACUCUAGCUAGCUAGUUAGUUAGCUAGUUAAGUAGCUAUAAGCAUGCUAGCUAGCUAGCUAGUUAAGUAGCUAUAAGCACUCUAGCUGGCUAGCUAGUUAAGUAGCAAUAAGCAGUCUAGCUAGCUAGUUAAGUAGCCAUAAGCACUCUAGCUAGCUAGUUAAGUAGCUAUAAACACUCUAGUUGGCUAUUUAAGUAGCUAUAAGCACUCUAGUUGGCUAUUUAAGUAGCUAUAAGCACUCUAGCUAGCUAUUUAAGUAGCUAUAAGCACUCUAGCUAGUUAGAUAAGUAGCUGUAAGCACGCUAGCUAGUUAGAUAAGUAGCUAUAAGCACUCUAGCCAGCUGCCAUGGGAGAAAGCAGUCCGCCGUCUCCGGCGCUGCACUUGGAUCUCGACAACUUUGAUACGACGGACGCCGAGGACAGCACGUAUGUUUUAACCAGUCCGCGGUCGUUGGAAUCAUGUGCAAGACUCGGCGUCAAACCCGUUCAACUUUUAAUAAAAUCUCUAAGCGAUUUCGUUGAUGACAACGUAAACCCAGAUAUCCCGUUUAAGGCACUGACAGUUCUGUACGAGGCGUACGAAAAGGAAGGCAGGGGAAUUUUGCAGCUGUGCCGUGAAGAGAGAGAGAAGAUUGUUUUAGAAACGAAAGAAAGACGACCGUCUCUUAAACUGUCUGCCCUCGAAACUGUCGCCGAGGUAGAAAGUCGGAACUCUCUCGAAGAUCCCAAAUCAAGAGAGGACUCCUGUGAUGGUUUGAGAAUGCGAACUAAUCAAUCUGUGGACCCCACUCCCAGAAGGAAAUCUGUGAGCAAUGGCAGGUCCUCUUAUUCUGCUGCGAUCACCAGAAAACUAAACAGAAACAGCUUGAGACCAACUGACAAGAACACGAUGGUGUCCAGCCUAAGUCUUGGUGACCUCCGACACUCCCCAGCCACAGAAAGAGAGUUGGAGAGGCUCACUCGAGACGUCAGGAAGAAGAUGAAUGUCACAGUCCCAGAGAAAGACCGUAAGAUAGCUGCUCUGAUGUUGGUGAAGCACCAAGAGAAGCAGACCAGGCUGAUGCUGAGCCAGCAGGAGGAGCAGGAGAGAGAGGAGGCCCGGAGGCAGGAGGAGGUGCGACGGGUCCAGGCGGAGCGCAGGAGGAAGAAGGAGCUGGAGAAGAGCAUGCAGCGGUGGCAGGAUGGGCUGGAGGCGCGGAGGAGGCAGAAGGAGCGCCAGGAGAAGGAGUUGGCCGGUCAGCGCGAGCAGGAGGUGCUACUGCAGGAGGAUCGCUGGAGGAGGCUCACAGAGGAGCAGGAGGUGCGGAAAAGAGACAAGAAAGAGAUGGCGAGGAGAGAAGCGGAGGAGCGCAAAUGCCUCCAGGAGCAGCUGCUCAAAGACAUGGAGCAUCUGGAGCAGGCAGGGAGAGAGAAGGAGGUGCAGCUAUCGCAGGAGAAGGAGCAGAGGGCCAGGAGGAGCAGGGUGAUCCGAGAGAGGAGGGAGAGGAAGAGGCUCCAACAAGAGAACCAGGGGGAGCAUCUCAGAUGCCUCCUCCUGAAGAGGGAGGUGCAGCAGCAGAUGGAGGAGGAGGAGGCGCUGAUGAGGAGUGCCCUGGAGGAGAAACUGCAGCGCUCCUGGGAGAAGAGGGCCCAGGCAGUGGCGUUGCGCCUCAGGGAGCUGCAGGAGAGAUCGGCCAGGGAGGAGGAGCAGAUCCAGAGGGCCCAGCUCCGAGCCUCCUGGCACAGCCAACAGCAGCUCAGAGAGAAAGAGGUACUGGCCCAGCUGAGUCAGCGUCGUAUGGAGCAGGCAAGCCAGAACGCUCACACCCAGAGGAGGAGCAGGGCACAGCGGGCACAGCAGGAAAACAUAGAGAGACUCCUCUGCCACCAGCGCCUCCUAGACAGUGUACAGAGAGAGGAGGAGACUGAGAAGCAGCUGAGAGAAUGCUGCCUCUCCCUGAAGGAGCGUCGGAGGGAGCGUCUGCAGAGGCAGAGAGAGGAGGUGCAGGAGGAGGCUCGUAGAGUGGCUCGCGCCUCCUUCCAUAUGAGGGAGAAGGUGAGGGAGGCGACGGACGGCAGGACUUUCCACCAGAUGGCUCUGCAGGCUCAGCUAGCUGCCUCCCUGCUGGACCGUGGAAAAAUGUGAACAUUCAGCACGACACACAAACACUAAAGAGAUGUAUUACAAACCACUACACACAAAUACUAAGAGUAGUAAUUACAAACCACUACACACAAAUACUAAGAGUAGUAUUACAAACCACUACACACAAAUACUAAGAGUAGUAUUACAAACCACUACACACAAAUACUAAGAGUAGUAUUACAAACCACUACACACAAAUACUAAGAGUAGUAUUACAAACCACUACACACAAAUACUAAGAGUAGUAUUACAAACCACUACACACAAAUACUAAGAGUAGUAUUACAAACCACUACACACAAAUACUAAGAGUAGUAUUACAAACCACUACACACAAAUACUAAGAGUAGUAAUUACAAACCACUACACACAAAUACUAAGAGUAGUAUUACAAACCACUACACACAAAUACUAAGAAUCGUACAGUAUUACAAACCACUACACACAAAUACUAAGAGUCAUAUUACAAACCACUACACACAAAUACUAAGAGUAGUAAUUACAAACCACUACACACAAAUACUAAGAGUAGUAUUACAAACCACUACACACAAAUACUAAGAGAAGAGUACAAAUUGAUAGGGCCCGGUCCAGAUAUGAGCUACAACAAAGCUUGUAAAUGGCCUGGGCUGUUUUGCUACAUUCAUGUUUGUUAUGUUAAUACCUGGGAUUCUUGUCGUUCUUCCAUUGGCAAGUAAAUACGAGGUGCUACUUCUGAAACAACAGAUCUAUUGAGGUAUUCUGCAACAUGUUUGUAUUGCUGUGUAAGGGAAGAAUUAGCUUAGACUAGUUUAGGUAACUUGCUGAUAUCAAUUUGACUUGCAGACAAUCCUGGUCUUGAAUGUAGGCCGGAACUAGAUUUAACUACACACAUAAAAUAUACUGUCUCUGGGAAUAGUUAUGGUAUAGUAAAUAUGUACUGUAGUUCUACUGUAGUUGUACUGUAUUUCUGUAGUUAUACUGUAGUUCUACUGUAUUUCUGUAGUUAUACUGUAGUUCUACUGUAGUUCUACUGUAUUUCUGUAGUUCUACUGUAGUUCUACUGUAUUUCUGUAGUUCUACUGUAGUUCUACUGUAUUUCUGUAGUUAUACUGUAGUUCUACUGUAUUUCUGUAGUUAUACUGUAGUUCUACUGUAUUUCUGUAGUUAUACUGUAGUUCUACUGUAUUUCUGUAGUUCUACUGUAGUUGUAUUGUAUUUCUGUAUUUAUACUGUAUUUCUGUAGUUCUACUGUAGUUCUACUGUAUUUCUGUAGUUAUACUGUAGUUCUACUGUAUUUCUGUAGUUAUACUGUAGUUCUACUGUAUUUCUGUAGUUAUACUGUAGUUAUACUGUAUUUCUGUAGUUAUACUGUAGUUCUACUGUAUUUCUGUAGUUAUACUGUAUUUAUACUGUAUUUCUGUAUUUAUACUGUAUUUAUACUGUAUUUCUGUAUUUAUACUGUAUUUAUACUGUAUUUCUGUAUUUAUACUGUAUUUCUGUAUUUAUACUGUAUUUCUGUAUUUAUACUGUAUUUAUACUGUAUUUCUGUAUUUAUACUGUAUUUAUACUGUAUUUCUGUAUUUAUACUGUAUUUAUACUGUAUUUCUGUAUUUAUACUGUAUUUAUACUGUAUUUCUGUAGUUAUACUGUAUUUAUACUGUAUUUCUGUAUUUAUACUGUAUUUAUACUGUAUUUCUGUAUUUAUACUGUAUUUAUACUGUAUUUAUACUGUAGUUCUACUGUACAUUUUUACUGUAGUUUAAAUGGGAUCGUUUUUUUCAAGAUCAUUUUUCAGAUAUAGAGUUUGUAUUUAUUAUUGUAUAGUUGCUCAGGAAAUGUUUAUACACUUUAUUCCAGUAUUUCUCUAGUGAUUUAUUUGUUGUUGUAACAUCUAGAUCCUGAAAAUGUAUUUUUUGUUACAUCUUUUAAUAAAGAUUUUCUUGUGUAAAUGUGA